AUGGGAAAUCAAAGAAAAGAUGGACACAGAGCUAUAGAGAGUCAAAGUCCUGCAGAAGUUACUUCUACUAAUCCAUUUGAAGAAAACCUUUCAAAUAAUCCCUUUGAUGAGAGUCCCGACUCACCUGCGGAAAACAACAGCAGCACUACCCAGCAAAGAUAUCAAUUUAAAAGCUCGGCCAUUUCCACUGAUGAAAAAGCUGUCAUUAAGACUCAGCGGGACAAGCGACAAGCUCCUCUGCCUCCAGGAAGAAAUCAAACCAAGAGACAGAGUAAUAAGGAGCCAGAUGCAUCUACACAUCUGGCACAAAUUAACAAGUUGAGCAAAGAAAAAAAUGUCAAAACUGCCAGUAUUCUCCCUCAGCGCUCGUUGCAGGUGAACGCUCCUCUGAGUAGGCCUUCUACAGACACAAAGAACAACCAGAGCUUGACGCUUAAUAGUGCCACCAAAGGAACUACAACAACAACAACAACAGCCAAACACACUAAACGACCUGCACCGACUAGACCUCGCUCUGUGGAAGAGAAGCCAUUCUCUGAACCAAAAACAUCUAAUGGACGUGUCUCGGAGGCAAAACAAGUCCCUGUUGUUUAUGGUUUAAAUCCAUUUGACGACGAUGAAGAUGAAGACGAAAAUGAGCUCACAGCCCAAGAUGAUAAAACGGCUUCUGGUAACACCAGUUCAGUAGUCUGGCCUGCAGCUGUGUCACAAGCUAAAGACGACAUCUCGCAGAUAAAAAAAUCGUCAAAGAUAGCCCACGCACCUUUGCCUCCUGCAAAGACAGCCACCACAUCGAACACUGACGGAGGCCAUGUUAGAGAUAAAACACAUGUGACUGUACCCGAUAAGAAUGCAACACAAACAUUUGAUCCAGAGCCCGAAGCCAUACACUCCAGAACAGUCGAGGAGAGUCCGCCACAAGAGUCCCAGCCUGUGACAGUGCUGCGUGCUGGAGUGGAAGCAAGUGGGAAGAAGGAAGGCCCUCAUGCAUCAUCGCGCAGGCUUCUACCUGUAAAACCCCUUAACUCAUUGGAACAGCAGUCUGUCUCAGGGGAAAAGGAUCACAAAUCCAAAGGAAUCCCUUUUGAAGUUGAGGAGAACACAAAGGUCAGCAGCUCUGGGGUGAAGGGGCCGUUCUCCCAGCUGACUCAGGAGGAGCUCAUCUCUCUAGUGCUGAAACAGGAGAAACAGCUGCUGCAGAGGGACAGUAAGAUAUCAGAGCUGGAGCACUACAUUGACAACUUGAUUGUGCGCGUCAUAGAGGAGAAACCAAGUAUCCUCAUGUCCCUGAACGCUCUGAAGAAAAUGGCGUAGGUGGGUUCACGGCUGAGACCUUAUUCCUGCCGGUGUAACUUUAUUCCUGCUGUACCCUAAUCAGUUCCAGUACUAAUAAUGUGACUUCAUUCAUGACAGUUAAUGUGGAUUACAAGGUAACUGGAAUAACAACAAAAAAAUAAAGAUUUGCAAAGUUUGAACAUGCAAGAGGUCAAUUUAAACUUAAUGGCAUAUAAUGUCAAAGAUUAAAAUAUGUAUUCUAAAAUAAAUCUUGCACUGGGGAGUUCUGUCAGCUUGCAAUCAAAGAUGUCUGAGUAUGAAUAUCUUUGGUUUUUUUGUCACUUUGCUACUUUGAAACAACCUUUUGGUUGUGUAUCUAUAAUUGUUUUCAUGUUGAGCAUAAAACUGUCAUGCAGGAAUAACUUUGAUAAAUGUCUGAUGUUGCUAACAUGACAGACUUAAUUAUGCAUUUAAUAGAAAAACAAAUAUUCUGUUAGCAUCAUGUCCACUGGUGAUAUCUCCAGUAGACUUGAGCCUUAUUUUACUGUCAAACAUAUGCACUAGUUCUGUCUCUUGCUCUUGUACUGAAUGUCAAACGUUUACAUGAUUGUACUAACCCCCAAAAUGGCACUUUACGCAGCUUACACUAUCAAUGUGAUAUGCACACUGAAUUGCUGUACUAUACUGAGGUCACUGCUUUAUGGUAUUACAUUAUGCAAAAUAAAUGAACAAAUGAAUUAAAAACUAAUUCUUCAUUUUCCAAGGUUAAAAAUUGUUUUUCUCAACUUCGUCUUGCUGUUUUUUUUA